UCUUGACAUUUUUGUAUAGUGAACUAAUGACUUCAAAGAUUCCUCAGCUGCAAUUAAAGGUGACUCAAGCAAUGAGGAAAUCUAUGACAUCAAAUAUUCCUCAUCAACAUUCAAAGGUGACUCAAGCAACGAGUGAACCCAUGACAUCCAAGAUUCCUCAACAUCAAUCAAAGAUGACUCAAACAAUGAGUGAAUUCAUGACAUCAGAGAUUCCUCAGCAGCAAUCGAAGAUGGCUGAAGCAAUGAGUGAAGUCAAGAAAUCAGAGAUUCAUCAGCAACAAUCAAAGGUGACUCAUACAACAAGUAAAUCCAUGACAUCAAAGAUUCCUGAGCUGCAAUCAAAGGCGACUCAAGCAUCAGCAGAAGUGGCAAACCAUAUAAAUUCACAUUUCAAGCUGUUGAUGGAGAGGAACAAACACCAUGUCCAAGAACCACCUACUAUUGAAAAGUGUCAAUCACUGGCCAAACAAUUGUUCUAUACUCGACUUGCCAGUAUUCCUCAUCGUUACGAUUCAUUCUGGAAGGAAUUGGACUCUGCUAAGAACAUAAUGAAUAACAUGAAUGAGUUAAACAUGGAGAAAAUUGGCACAGCUGCUUUAUUCGGACUUGAGUGUUAUCUUUGGUAUUGUGGGGGUGAGAUAGUUGGCAGAGGAUUUACAUUUACUGGCUACUAUGUUUAAGUGGAGUGGAACUAUCCAAUAAGACAUUACUGCUGCUAGUUUAAGGGUCUUGCUACUAGUUAAAGAAUCCUUGAAUAAAAAUUUUGUCUUAAAAAUGUAAGUUUAUACUUUUGAUCAAGUAAUAAUUACACUACCUUUUUAUAAAAACU